AUCAUUAAAUGUCAGAACGAGGUUUACUUGAAUUGUCAAUAUUGAUUGUUGUUUGGAUUGGUAGUUGUUUCCACGAAUCCGACAAUUUUUAGUUAUUAUUGAAAAAGAUGGCUGCGUUGCCGUCUCCUACACAGGUAGCAGGCAGUUCUAGUGCCAUAUAUGAAGCUUAUUACAAUGUGGUUGAUCCAAAGGGCAUUGGAACUGUUGGUGGAAUGGAAGCAGCUCGUUUUCUCAAAAAAUCCGGGCUAAGUGAUGUAAUUCUUUCCAAAAUAUGGGAUUUGUCCGAUCCUGGUGGAAGGGGCUGUUUAGACAAAGCAGGCAUGUUUGUGGCUUUGAAGUUAGUCGCUCUCGUUCAAAAUGGAAAAGAUUUGAAGGUAUCCGAUGUUGGUAUGGAUGUUCCUCCACCAAAAAUGGGAGACAUUCCUUUGCCAAAACCUACAAAACCACCUCCACCACGAAACAAUACUUUGAUCACGUCAAUUCCACCAUCAGCCGUCGAUUGGACAAUUAAACCAAUUGAAAGGGAAAAGUAUGAUAAACUUUUCGAUUCUUUGCAACCCACCAACGGUCUGAUUCCUGGUAAUAAGGUGAAAAACGUCCUCAUGGAAUCCAAGUUGCCAUUCGAAACGCUAGGCAAAAUUUGGGAUUUAGCCGAUCAAGAUAAAGACGGAAUGUUGAAUAGGCAUGAGUUCGUAGUGGCUAUGCAUCUAGUUUACAAAGCUUUAGAGAAAUACGCGAUACCGAAUACGUUACCGGUGGAACUGGUCGAACAAGUCAAGAGGAAAAGUUCAACUUUGAUUAAAGGAAUAGACGGUAUCAAUAUAAAACCCGAAGUUCCACCUCUUCCGGUAUCUAUUCCGACUGCUUCUCCAGUUCCAGUUGUCAAAAAACCCACUUCCAUUCAGCCCGUCGUUAGUUGGGUAGUAUCGCCAGAGGAAAAGGAGAAAUCUGAUGUUCUAUUCGUGAAGAGUGAUAUCGACAAAGACGGUUUCGUUUCCGGUCAAGAAAUUAAGGAUGUCUUCUUACAGUCCGGCGUACCGCAGCCGGUGUUAGCCCACAUAUGGGCUUUGUGUGACAUCAAGCAAAGCGGUAAAUUGAAUGACGAACAGUUUGCGUUAGCCAUGUGGUUUGUGGCGAGAUGCUUGAAAGGUAUAGAACCUCCAGGCGUACUUUCGGCUGACAUGGUGCCCCCCAGUUUCCGGACUAUGAAACCUUUAGAUGGCCUUGUGCAAUUAGAAACUGUCACUAAGCAACUGGAGGAAAAAUGUGAACAGGUUGAUAAACUGAGAGCUCAGGCUGCAGAACAAGCAGAAAUGGUGAAAGCACAAGAAACGGAAUUGAAUAGCAAAAAGGAACAAUUGGAGGGACUCCGCAUCGAAGAAGAGCGAUUAGAAAAGCUGAAAGCUGAGAACACGAAGAAGUUGUCAAAUUUGAAUUCAAAUUUGCAAGAUACGCAGUUGAGCAUUAGCCAGGCCAAAGCUUUAAUAACUCAGCUACAGGAGCAAACGCGUCAAAUGAAUGACGCAAUAGCAACGUGCGACUCAGCAAUGGAAUCCGGCGAUGUUUCUCAAAUACCCGAAGCGAUUCUGAGAAUCAAACCGGAAUUCAAGGAUCCCGAAUAUAAUAAAUUAACCAUGAAUAGUGAUACCAGGAAACAGAUUUGCCUAACAAUUUACAGGCGCUGCUCAAAGUUACCCCAUACUAACACAUAUUCAAUAAUCAUUCCAGCCUUAAUAAUCUACAUGUAUCCUCUUCAGUUCACCGAUAAGCCGACUCCUAAGGUCCAAGCACAAUCUUCUAAAGGUCUCGAUUUCACCGACGAUCCUUUUCGAGAUUACCGGUACGAAGAUCCGUUUAACUUUACCUUUGACGACGAACCACCAUCGAACUCGUCCAAGGACUCGAAAGACCCCGCCAGCAGUGAUUUCGAUAAAAAUAAAUUCGACCCUUUCGGACUGGGAGGGAGGCAGUCGGUACCUUUACCUAGUUCGGACCCUUUUGUUAGUACGUGUGGUAGAGCCUCCGCCCCCCUCACUUCGCAAGGGUUCAGCGAAGUCCAACAACUGGAGUGGGCCGCCCUAGAGAGCUUGAGGCUCGAAGAGGAUCGUAAAAGGAGACAAAUGCAAGAGCAGGCCGAUUUAGAUUUAGCGAUAAGUUUAAGUAAAGCUGAAAGCAAACAAAUUUAGCUUUGACGUACGUCAGUGUCGUUAUUAACCAUCACGAGAAGAGCUUGGACUGCGUUGAACGUUAUUUUAUAAGUUGAUAUUUUAGUUUUUAAUGUUCACAUAUCAGUUUCGUUCGAGAAGUACUCAUUCACCGUUUGCAAUACUCUUUUACUAAAAUAGAUGUACACAGUAAUUCAGGUGAGUUGUCAGGGUAGUGUAUUGUAACUCUGAUUAGCUCUGAAGAUUUUAGGAGUCGAGUUUCUUUGAACUUUUCGAAACUAAUUCUGGAAUAUAAGUCAUAAUCGAACCAAGCUCUUUGACUGGAAUGCAGAUACGUUUGGUGGCGUCAGAAAUACAGCGGCGAUAACAGCGCCACUAUUUGAGGUUAUGAAGGAAGACUUGUGGUUGGAAUCGAUCACUUGUCGUUUAUCUGACCACUGGAUUCAUUGAUUAUGCUUCAUAAAUAUGACGUUCAUUUUGAAAUAUUUCGUGAUCUCUCUACAAAACCUGAUUUUGUGUACAACUUAUUUGCGUUAUACAGAGUUGUGUUAUUCCUUUUUAAUGUGUAUAAUAUGACUGGCUGUUUAUUUAGUUAAUGCUAUGAUUAUUUUGGUUUUAUGAUAAUUAUUAGUUUCUCACUUGAAGGGAGUUACACAUUAUUUUUGCCUUUUAUAAGAUGUAUUCAUUUUCAACAUGAAACUAUUUGAAAUUUCUCAUUCGAAUAAAAACUGAAUCUACAUGUUUCGAAAAAUUUCAAGGUUCUGACUGUGUACGAGACUAUUUUUCAGUUUUGAAUCUGCUCAAACAACAGAUGGUAGUUUAUUGAAAAUUUUCUAAUUUUUCGUCUUGAAAGAUAAAUGACGUGGUUGAUUCAGUAUUUUCAUGGUCCUGUAGUUCAAUUAUUGAUGUUAUCAAGUCAAAAUGACUUCGAGACCAGAAGAUACGGCACUAUUUGAGAAAUUCUGUUAGGACCUGAAAAACACUUUUUUGAAGCUUUAUUAGUUUUGAUUCUGUCCUAAUAAUUUAUUACUUAAUGUUAAUUGUUAUUAAAUUAUGUAGAUACCACUAAAAUAUAACUGGUCCCGGAACAGACUCUUGAGGAAUCUCACAAUUUACCUCAAAAAUAUCAUCUUAAUUGAUAUGCUUUAUUGUCCAAAGAACCAGAGGUCUCACUGACAAAGCUAAUGAUGUUCAUAUUCCAUAAAACUAGUACACAAUGAUAAAUGUGGUUAUCCAAAUAGAUAUAUGAAGGACUGAUAACAUAAUGAAAAUAGCUUAUAUACAGAAUAAAAGACAUAUUUGCAUACAAUUUUAUCUAAAUAUAUACAUUUGUAGACAACAUGAUACAAUACAAGAAAAAUUAAAAUACCAGAAACAUACUUUGACAAUAUAUUGAAAAAUACUAUGAAAUAAUUUAGAAAAAGUAUCCCUUCAAAACUGUUCUAAACUAUAAUAGGGUUUAAUUGUGAAUAUUCUGACCUUUUACUUGAUGAAAAUCAAGAACACUAUUGACAAUAAUUAUUCAAUUUUCACACCAUAAAUUUUAGUCAAGACGUGUUUCUCUACAGAGUAGUUUCAACGGUUGGAUUGGUACAUCAAACUAUUCUAAAAUAUUUUUUAUACAUCAGUAGGUAAUAACAACUUGAUUAGAUAAAGGACUGAUUCUCGUAAAACAGGUUGUUAAAAAACAAUUACAUUACAGUACAAUAUUGAUUCUGGAAAAACAGGUAAUUUAUGAAUAUGUUAAUAUUUGGCAUUUCAUGCCAAAACUUCAUUAGAUAAAAUAUUCAUUCUGGUAAAACAGGUAGUUUUUGAAAAAACAAUUACAAUACAAUAUUGGUUCUAGGAAAACAGGUAGUUUAUAAAAAUGUU